CCCUCUUUGAAGCGUGAAGGGGAGGCCAGCGUGGAAGGGAUCCUGAAUCAAGUCGUCCUAGAUCACCUGCAGUUGGUGCCUCUCCAGUGGGACGUGAUGGUGGAAGGGAAGCCCUGUGACUCGGAUGUUGUAGCAGAUUGCACCGUCGGGGAUCCCAUGAAGCUGGAAGUGAAACUGACCAAUUGGAGCAAGCACAACGUCGGACCCUUCUCCCUCACCGUGAUCCCUUACCAAGAUUAUCAAAACGGCGUCCACAAUUACGAUCUCCAAGAUGGCAUCACUUUUGUUGGCUCCAACACCUUUUAUAUCGACACGGUAAGUCCGUGCUUGGUUGUAUUUAUUCGGCCUCCAACGUAA